CCAACGAUGAAAUUUGUAAGUGUUAAACCCGGAGUGCGUUCGGUGUUUUUUUUUCUUCUCCUCUCCCGACGGUGGUGCGAAAUUUUUGUACGUUUUGGAUUACGAGUCGAUUUUCAUGGAUUAUGCGUCUGUCAGUGACGAUAGUGACCUUAUGUCUGGCCUGCCUAGCAGCUGUGGCUAAAGCUCAGUUCGGAAGGUUUGGCUUCAGUUCGUUCGGAGGUUUCGGUUUGGAUUCGCCACUAGCGGCAAUCAGAGACCCGAGGCAGAAUACAGGACCCGUGGUUUUCCCCCCGGCACCGCCAGACAAUGGUGAGACCAGCGGGGUGGUAGUGGGUGCCUCAGGAUAUGGUUUUGUACCACCAAACAGUCCAAAUUCGCGGCCCCUAAGACGUAGAUAAUUAGUUGAUACGAAAUCAAGAAGGACCGAGCGCCUUUAGAAGCCUGUUCUCAUUCUUUUAGCCAAUUCUCAUGCUGUUAAUAAAUGUUUCUGUACAAAGGGUGCAACGACUCGCGUGUAAAUAGCGUACCUCCGGAAGAAUGUAGCCAUAUUUUUGGCAUAUCAAACGUUACCAUGUGUAUACAGUUAGGUUAAGUAUUUAAUUUAAUUGUAAGGAUUGCAAAAAUGUCGACGUGCGUGCAAUACUGUUAUUUAUUAU